CAUGUGCAGUACUUUGCAGUUUCGCUUUUCAAUCCCAUGACGUGUUUGCAUAUCCUCUCGCUCGGAUUACAAAAGGAAUAAACCACCAUUUACAAUCCGCUCGAAAUUUUAGUCGGAUCUGGCCAAUUCAAUCCGACUGACGUGUUUACAUGUGACUUUUUUAAUCUGAUCGUGUUUCUAGACUUCUCCGUUAGAACCGAACAGACGCUGGACGCAAACGCUCAUAAAGGGUCAUAUUUGACGUUCAGUUUCUGGUUAUGGAGAACAGAGAGAGAUCUUCAUCUCCUGAUUACAGCUGUUUGUCUCUGAAGAGUGAUGGAUCCAUGGUGUAUAAUCCUCCUAAAUUCAGUGAUGAUUCAGUGACCUCUGACCCCAGGAUCUUCAGGAAGAUAUCUCCAGAUCCCAGCUGUGUGUCUCUGAAAAGUGACACAUCAAUGGUGCAUAAUCCUCCUAAUUUCAGUGAUGACGCAGUGACCUCUUACUCCAGCAGAGCAGAUGGAGAGCGAAGCAUCUCUGGAGGAGCCUCCUCUGUCUUCUGUCUGAACAACAUGAGCGUUACAGCGUCUCUGAAUAAAGAUGAUCCACCAGUGAAUGAUGAACUACAGAGAGUCAAAGAGCAGCACAAAACCAGCAUGAAGAACAAGUUUGAGAGAUUAUUUGAGGGACUGAAACUCCAGGAGAAUGAAACCCUCCUGAACAGGAUCUACACACAGCUGUACAUCAUAGAGGGAGAGAGAGAAGGAGUGAAUGAAGAACAUGAGGUUUUACAGAUGGAGAAAACAGCCAGAACACAACACUCACAAGACACUCCAAUCUACUGCAAUGACAUCUUUAAAGCCUCAGCUGAAGCAGGAUGUGAGGAGAAAGAGCAGAUCAAGACUGUUCUUACUAAAGGCAUCGCUGGAAUCGGAAAAACCGUCUCGGUGCAGAAAUUCAUUCUGGACUGGGCCGAGGGAAAAGCCAAUCAGGAUGUAGAUUUCAUGUUUGUGCUUCCAUUUCGAGAGCUGAACUUGAUCCGAGAUCAUCAGUACAGUCUUCACAGACUUCUGCUGGACUUUCAUCCUGAACUUCAGGAUCUGGACUCACAGAUUUAUGAGGAGUGUAAAGUUGUGUUCAUCUUUGAUGGUCUGGAUGAAAGCAGAAUCACACUGAUGUUUACAGACGCUCAGAAAGUUUGUGAUGUGACUGAGACUUCAUCAGUGUUGAUGUCAAAGCUCAUGAAAGGAGAGCUGCUUCCCUCUGCUCUCAUCUGGAUCACCUCCAGACCAGCCGCAGCCAAUCAGAUCCCCUCCAAAUACAUCCACCGUCUGACAGAAAUUCAGGGAUUCAAUGAGCCUCAGAAGGAGGAAUAUUUCAGGAAGAGGAUCAGUGAUGAGCAUCAAGCCAGCAGAAUCAUCUCACACAUCAGAAGAGCAAGAAGCCUCCACAUCAUGUGCCACAUCCCCGUCUUCUGCUGGAUAUCAUCCACUGUGCUUCAGAAGCUCCUGGAAGAAGAUCUGAGUGCAGAAAUCCCUCAAACUCUGACUGAAAUGUACAUCCACUUCCUGCUGAUUCAGAUCAACAUGAGGAAGCACAAGUAUGAAGAGAGAGAUCCAGAGAAACUCCUGCAGUCCAACAGAGAUGUGAUUGUGAAACUUGCUGAAGUGGCUUUCAAACAGCUAAUGAAGGGCAAUGUAAUGUUCUAUGAGGAGGACCUGAUUGAGAGCGGCAUAGACCUCACUGACACCUCAGUGUAUUCUGGGAUUUGCACUGAGAUCUUUAAGGAGGAAUCUGUGAUUCAUCAGAGGAAAGUCUACAGCUUCAUCCAUCUGAGCAUUCAGGAGUUUCUCGCUGCUUUCUAUCUGCUUUACUGCUGUUUAACAAAGAACAAUAAGCCACUGGAGUUUCUUGAUAAAAGAUUCAGAUACAGUUUGAAUAAAGUCUCUCUGUAUAAUCUACUAACAUCAGCAGUAGAUAAAGCUGUUGAGAGUGAGAAUGGACAUCUGGAUCUGUUCCUGCGGUUCCUGCUGGGUGUCUCACUGGAGUCCAAUCAGAGACUCUUACAGGAUCUACUGACACACACAGAGAACAGCUCAGAGAGCAUCAGAGAAAACACACUGUACAUUAAAAUGAAGAUCAAAAAUGAUGAUGUUGAUGAUUAUUUUAAACAUCCUCCUCUCUCAGCUGGUGAAUCCAUCAAUCUGUUCCUCUGUCUGCUGGAAGUGAAAGAUCAGACUCUGUUCAGAGAGAUUCAGGAGUUUGUGAAAUCAGACAAACACUCAGAGAAACUCUCUCCUGCUCACUGCUCAGCAAUCUCCUACAUGCUUCAGAUGUCAGAGGAGCCGCUGGAUGAGCUGGACCUCAAGAAAUACAACACAUCAGCUGAGGGGAGAAGAAGACUGAUACCAGCUGUGAUCAACUGCAGAAAAGCUCUGUGAGUGUUUCAUCAUUAACUAAACUAUCAUAUUUAAUAAUGAAUCCGAAACCUUUAAAAUAAAUGUUCCUGGAUGAGAGAUUUUCUUCUAAAUAACAGGCCAGAAUCUUAAAGGAGUCACAACAUGUCUUUUCAAUACAGUAGAUAGUCAAGUAAAAUGUCUGUUAGCACUGUGGUAAACACAACCCAGUCACAUGUGAAACUCGUCAUUAAAUCAGCAGCAGCUGCAGCAUAAAG